GCGGCGACAAGAGGUGGGACAACGUAAGAGUUACGAAGAUAUCACACAAGGGUGGAAUAUAUGCUGUGGGCGUCCCCCAGAAAACCGGGGGCACUUGAUAACCGCAGAAAUUGGGCUCAUCGCGAGUAAAUAUCAAUCGUCGUCGUCGUCGUCGCCGUCGUCCUCGUCGUCGUCGUCGUCGUCGUCGUCUUGUGGUAAAACGACGUCGCUCUCUAGUCGCGGCAGUGACGCGAGCCCGGUCGCGCUUCGGGUCGAACAAUCGCACCGACAGGAUUCAUUCGAGCAAAAAUCUUCCGUCCCUGACGAGAAUAAUCAUCGGCCCGUCGAACGACAACAAUCAAUUUCUCGUCGAAACUCCUCGUUCGCGGUUACGCCAAUUAAAUUAACAUCGGAAGUAACCUCGACGGCGGAAGCCGCCUCCGAGGUUCUCGACGCAAUCAAGACGACCAUCAAUAUCGGCAUUGCGAUGAACCACGUUAACGACCAGGAAAAUCUUAAACAGCUCAACCUGGCACCAGUUGCCAAUGAAGUCGUCGAAGAGAUGGACACACAAGAAGGAGAAACACCAAAUGAUGGUGGAGGAGAUGGCAAUGACACUAGUCCUAUGAACGGAGAGUCAGAGUUAGCUUGUAUAGUCCAAGAUCAAGAAAUGGAGGAAGAUGAAGCAAGGUCGGAAGCGACAUUUCGCUAUACAGUGGAAAAUCUUUCUAAAAUGAAAGAAACUCAAUUGUCACCACCAUGCUAUGUCCGCAAUUUGCCAUGGAAAAUAAUGGUAAUGCCAAGGUCGAGUCAGACGCAAGACAGACCUCCACAAAAAUCACUUGGUUUUUUCUUACAAUGUAAUGGAGAAAGUGAAUCAUCGUGGAGUUGUUAUGCAGUUGCAGAUCUCCGAUUACUUGCUUGUCAGGAAGGACACGAACCAUUUAGUAGAAAGAUCCAACAUCUCUUCUAUUGUAAAGAAAAUGACUGGGGAUUCAGUCAUUUUAUGACAUGGCAGGAUGUCUUGGAUCCUGACAAAGGUUUCCUUAAAGAUGAUUCUAUUACACUUGAGGUUCAUGUGAUUGCUGAUGCUCCACAUGGUGUCAGUUGGGACAGUAAAAAACAUACAGGAUAUGUAGGUUUAAAAAAUCAAGGUGCUACGUGCUAUAUGAAUUCGUUACUUCAAACUUUGUAUUUUACCAAUCAGUUACGUAAAGCAGUUUAUAAAAUGCCAACAGAAAGCGACGAUUCAAGCAAGAGCGUCGCUCUGGCUUUACAAAGGGUUUUUCACGAAUUGCAAUUUUCUGAUAAGCCAGUAGGUACAAAGAAAUUAACGAAAAGUUUCGGUUGGGAAACGUUGGAUUCUUUCAUGCAACAUGAUGUACAAGAAUUUUUACGAGUGCUUUUAGAUAAGUUGGAAAGUAAAAUGAAAGGAACAUGUGUAGAAGGUACAGUGCCAAAAUUAUUUGAAGGAAAAAUGGUGUCAUUUAUCAAAUGUAAAAAUAUCGAUUACAAAUCGACUAGAGUUGAAACUUUCUAUGAUAUACAGUUAAAUAUAAAGGGCAAGAAAAAUAUUUAUGAGUCUUUUAACGAUUAUGUGAGUACUGAAAGCUUGGAUGGCGAUAAUAAAUAUGAUGCGGGAGAAAAUGGAUUGCAAGAAGCGGAAAAAGGUGUUAUCUUUUCAUCAUUUCCACCAGUGUUGCAUUUACAUUUAAUGCGAUUUCAGUACGACCCAGUUACAGACUGUUCUGUGAAAUUUAAUGAUAGGUUUGAAUUCUACGAAAAAAUAAGUCUUGGUAAAUAUUUACAAAACAAAGAAGCCACAAAUGCGGACUACACGUUACACGCGGUCUUAGUUCACAGCGGCGAUAAUCAUGGCGGGCAUUAUGUUGUAUUUAUCAACCCAGCCGGUGAUGGGAAAUGGUGCAAGUUCGACGACGAUGUUGUCUCAAGGUGUACGAAACAAGAAGCUAUCGAACACAAUUAUGGUGGUCAAGAUGAGGAUAUGUCUAUAGCUGUGAAACAUUGCACGAACGCCUAUAUGUUGGUGUACAUAAGGGACUCUGAGUUGGAAAACGUCUUGCAAGAAGUCAAGGAAGAGGAUAUACCUCAAGAGCUGGUGGAGAGGCUGCAAGAGGAGAAGAGGCUGGAACAAAUACGAAGAAAGGAAAGAACAGAGGCAUACUUGUAUAUAACCGUCAACGUCCUACUUGAGGAUAAUUUUGACGGUCACCAAGGGAAUGACUUGUAUGAUCCAGAACAUGCUUUAUAUCGUGUGUUUCGCGUACGUAAGCAGUGUACCUUGCACGAGUUUCUUGAAUUGCUGAGCGAUAGCUUGAAAUAUCCUAUAGAGCAAAUCCGUUUGUGGCCGUUAAACGUACGUUCUAAUCAGACAUGUAGACCGAUGCCGAUCGAAUUGGAAAAUGAUCUUCAGAAAUCUAUUUACCAAUGCGCGGAAAAUCCGAAUGUUUGGAAUGUAUUUGUUGAACUUGUUCCACCGGAUUCUGAUUUAACAGCGUUACCACCUUUUGAUAAGGACACUGAUGUUCUACUAUUUUUCAAACUAUACGAUCCUAAGCAUAAGAAAAUUCAUUAUUGUGGUCAUCACUAUAUGCCUGUAACAGCCAAAGUCCAGGAACUUAUACCAAUCUUAAACGAGAGAGCUGGAUUCCCACCGGACACGGAGUUGGCUCUUUAUGAAGAAAUCAAGCCAAACCUGGUGGAAAAAAUAGACAACUUAACAGAACCGUUAGAGAAGGUCCUUGAAGAACUAAUGGACGGAGAUAUCAUCGUUUUUCAAAAAGAAGAGAACAAUCAAAUGUACGAGCUUCCGACAUGUAGAGAGUACUUCAAGGAUCUAUAUCAUAGAGUAGAAGUAAUAUUUUGUGAUAAAACGAUCCCCAAUGAUCCAGGCUUCACAAUGGAGCUAUCUUCAAGAAUGACGUACGAUCAAAUGGCGAAAGCUGUAGCACAGAGACUUGGUACAGAUCCUUAUCUCCUGCAAUUCUUUAAAUGUCAAACUUAUAAAGAUUCACCUGGGCAUCCAUUAAAGUGUACAUUUGAAGGUUCACUUAAGGAUUUGGUUUCGUAUUGUAAACCGAAGGGGAAGAAGUUAUAUUAUCAACAACUUAGUAUUAGAGUAAAUGAGCUUGAACACAAAAAGCAAUUCAAGUGCAUAUGGGUUGCCCCUAAUUUAAAAGAAGAAAAGGAAAUUAUUCUUUAUCCUAAUAAAAAUGGGACAGUAGCGACAUUGCUCGAAGAAGCUAAAAAGCAAGUAGAAUUAUCAGAGAACGGGUCCGGGAAAUUGAGGAUAUUAGAAAUUAAUUCUAAUAAACUUUCGCCCGGCCCGAAGGACGAUGUACCUUUAGAUAACUUAAAUACAUCUGGCACAAAGUUAUACAGGAUAGAAGAAAUUCCAAACGACGAAUUGAAUUUAACAGAUGAAGAAAUGUUGGUUCCUGUCGCACAUUUCCAUAAAGAUAUAUUUUCAACAUUCGGUAUUCCCUUUUUCUUUAAAAUCAAACACGGCGAGCCUUUCUCGGAAAUGAAGGAAAGACUUUUGAAAAAGCUCGGAGUGCAGGAGAAAGAAUUCGAAAAGUUUAAGUUCGCGGUGGUGACGAUGGGCAAACCACACUUUAUCAUGGACUCUCCAGGCUACUGCAUGGAUCUCGCGGAUUUCCGUAUUCUUCCUAGUCAGAGUUCGUCGCCGCUCAGGCCUUGGCUUGGCCUAGAACACGUCAACAAAGCUCCGAAGCGCUCUCGUAUCAACUACCUCGAAAAGGCCAUUAAAAUUUACAAUUAAAUUUUCAUCACACAGAGAACAGAAUAAUAAAAAAAAUACUAGGCAGCCACUCAUUAUUUAUACGACUCUAUAGUAAAGAAAGCGACGCCUGACAUACUGCUGGUUGGAAAUGUGUUGUUUAUGUAUUUGGUUCUUCGGCCAGAUAGUGCGCGAUUUUAAUAUUAUGAUUAUGUGUUAACGAAAGGUAAAUCCUUUGUAUACGCCCGAUUUAAGAGACUGUAAUUAACACACGAUGAUACUUUAUGCAUCAUGGAAGUUUCUCCCUUUCGAAUCAACAGGGAUUUUAUGUAAUGGCUGGAUCGACGAUACUGCGUUCAUUCCACUGGACGCUAACAGUGGAUUUGUGAAAUCAAUUUUUAUAUCUGUGGAUACUUUGCUCCGUUCGGUGACAAUUAUUUAACAGAUAAUAUAUUUAAAACAAGAAUUUCCGGGAAAGAACAAGAAUUUACUUAAAUGCAUGGCUAUAAUUUGUUAUUAAGAAAAAUAAAUACGAAUUACACAACUACGGACAAAGCUCUCGCGUCUGGAAAAAUGAAGGUAUUUAUAAAUACACAGCAUAUUAUUUCCGAUUAAGAAAGUACAAUUAUUUUUGCAAUGACUUCACUUGAUCCUGCCACGUAAAAUCUUUGUAACUGAACAAAUUAAGAUCCAAAGAAACGGAAACUACUUUACUAUGCGACGAAUAAUUUAACUCUAAUUAUCAAUGAAGAAGAAUUGUCUUCUACGUACUUCGGUUUUAUAAUCCAAGGUUGAAAUGCAGAUUUAUAAUUACCUUGUAAUAUUACAUUCUGCAUCUUAAAGAGAAUCCUUGAUAUGAAAUCGUGAACGUUAUCGUUUCGUUCACACUACGGAUAAUUUCUUACAACACAUUCUUGGAAAUGAAAAAAUGUAGUUGUCGAUUCUUGAUCUUAUGGAAAUGUAAUCAAAGAAUAUGAUAUUGUUAUAUAAAAAGAAAUUAUGAAACACCAUUUAUAUGGUAUAACUUACAAGUGAUAUAUCUGAGUUGCUUCCCGAAUACUCUGGAAGCUUUUUAGGUUUGUGAAUAUAUAUUCUCUUUUUUGUGUGUUUUAUGCGACUUUUCGUACGCGUACAUAUUCUACUGAGAUCAUCUAUAAAAAUUUCACAAAUAUAUGAAAGUGUAGACUAACAUAUGAACGGAGCAGUUAAACGAGAUGAAAAAAGAAAGAAAAUAAGGCAACGCGUCGAAGAGUGAUUAUUCUACGAUUAAUUUUACAAUAUCACACAUUUUUCUUUUUGUUCUACGAAACAUCACUUCAUAAUUACUUUCCUUUCUAUUUGCCGUAUAAAAGUCUGCGCACGGUGACUUGCCACAAUGUUACUAUAAGACCUCCAAUUAUUCAUAUCAUGUCUCACUCUCCGUAUUUUCUUCUUUCUUUAACUGUGAUUAAAAGUCUUUCUUUGAGAUGUUUAAAAUUUUUAAGCUCUGGAGAACUCUUGAUAUCUAAAAGCACUAUUGGAUCAUUGAAAGAGAAUGAGCAGUUUUUUUUUAAUAAAUAUACUUUUUUAAAAGACUAGUUUGUUACAAUCAAUAAAACAGACAGUAGAAAGAAUUAGGAGUCGUGACGCAAGAGAGUUCGAAUUUAUAAUUUUUAAUUGAAUAUAAUUAGUUGUUAGCCCAUUAGAAUUAUCGAUUGCUAACAAGAAACUCGGUUAGAAUCAUUAUUUAUGUCAAUAUUAAAUACAUAAUUUAAAAAACGAAUCAUAUGUUAAAUGUAGUUCUUAUUAAAUAAGUACGAAUUAUUGUUUCACGAUGCUAUGUUUUUUAGAGUGCAUUUUCAACAUCGGCGAAUAACAAUUGCAGUGAUAAAUACGUAAGAAUCCCACGCGAUGUGCAGUAAAUAUAUAUUUAAGAAGACUGGACACACGCUAGUUUAUUGAAGAAUAUUUUAUAAACCUAAAUGUGAUUGUACAGCGACAUACUUCGACUACAUACCUGCAAACCGUAAUUUUAAUCAUGUAAUGCGUUUUCAAAUGUUAUUUCAUUACGAAUGAUUUCAAUUCGCAGUCGGUUUUCUUUUCCAAAAUUGUUUUAUCAUAUAUUAUAAAAUAGA